AUGGACACGGCCAGUCUGGCGCACCUUCUCUAUGUCGUCGGCUCCAUGUGCCUCGGCGUCGGCCUUUGCGUCCUCGGCGUGCUUUGCUUCUUCUUGCCGCACACCGCCGCCGAGAUGUACGGCCUCCCGCUGCAGGCGGAGUGCUCCGCCCCGGCGCGCCAGGACGAGGCGUGGGUGCUGGCGACUGGCUUCCGCGACCUCUUCCUCGGAAUCAUAACGCUUGCGCUCUACCUCACACAGCCGCAGGCGAUGCGUGUCUUCCUGCCUUGCCUCGUGCCGCUGCCGCUGGCGGACGCGCUCCUCGCCCUGGCCUACCAGGCAGAGCCUCUCGCCGUGGCGACUCACCUCGGCGGCACAUUCGGAGUGCUGGUCUUAGCGAUCGCGGCGCGGUGCGACCCGGCGCUGGAUUCCGCGGGCAAGGGCCGAUCCGCGUGA